CUUUGUUCGGGGCCGCCCAGAGGACCCUAGUCACUCCUGUUCCUCUCCGAGCGAGAUCUACGACAGAGGACUUGGGCCGACCUUCCAGGAGAAUGGAGUGAAAGGGGAGCAUCGCCUGCGAGUUGCUCUGCAAGGGCAUCCGUCUUAACCCCCUUCCUGAGUUGGAGCAUGUACCCCACAACCACCGAAUCCUAGGGACCCGUACAUCUUAGGUUGUGGACUGAAAGAGCCUUUUAACAAAGCUAUUAAUCCUUAGUGUUUAUCUAGGGCUUGCUGCCAAGCCAAGGACUUUGCGUACAUUCUUGUUUAAUCUACAGAGCAAUCCUGUGAGAAACAUGAGAAUUUUUACAGAUGAGGAUCUAGUCUAGAUAGGUAACUUGUUCUGAAUUACAGCAGAGCUCAGAUUCAAACCUAUGCUCCUGCUUCCGUAUUCUUAUUUACAGCCUCCUGUCAGACUAUUUACUCAGUUCUGGUUGCUUCCCUUUAUUAGCGAUUAUGUUCACAGCAGCUUUUGUCGUUUCUCAAUGGUAACAGUUUUCUCUGAGACAAGAUUCUAAGAGAGUCUCCUUGAAGUAAUCCCAGAUAGAGGAUCAGUCUCCUGAAAAACAGCUCAGAAUGGCCACAUCCCUGGAAGCCGAGGAACAAAAAGCCCUUCUAAUAGUUAAGGCAGAAGACUGGAGACAGGACUCCACCUCAGGAAAGUACAGUCCUCACAGAAGGGAACUCUUCAGGCAGCACUUCAGGAAACUGUGCUAUCAGGAUGCACCUGGACCCCGCGAAGCUCUCACCCAGCUCUCCGAACUUUGCCACCAGUGGCUGAGGCCAGAAUGCCACACAAAGGAGCAGAUAUUAGACCUGCUGGUGCUUGAACAAUUUCUGAGCAUUCUUCCUAAGGAUCUGCAAGCAUGGGUGCAGGCACACAAUCCAGAGACUGGAGAGGAUGCGGUGACUGUGUUGGAGGAUCUGGAGAGAGAGCUUGAUGAACCUCAAAAGCAGGUUCCAGCCAAUUCAGAAAGACAGGACACACUUUUGAACAAGUUGGCCCCCUUAAGAAGGCCACGUGAAUCACUGACUAUCCAAUUCCAUCCCAGGAAGACCCAGCAGGAGCAAGAAUCUGGGGAGCCUCAAAGGAAUGGUGAUCAAACCAGGACUAAGAAUGAAGAGUUGUCCCAGAAGGAAGAUAUACCCAAAGACAUGAAAUUCCUUGGGGAAAUAAACAACAGAUCUAACAGAGAUACUCCUCAGUAUCCUGAAUCCAAAGAUGCUGUUGAAAGUGAGGGCAGAUUCGAGUGGCAACAGAGGGAAAGAAGACGCUAUAAAUGUGAUGACUGUGGAAAAAGUUUUAGUCAUAGCUCAGACCUGAGUAAACACAGGAGAACUCACACUGGAGAGAAGCCCUACAAAUGUGAUGAAUGUGGAAAAGCCUUCAUUCAACGCUCACAUCUCAUUGGACAUCAUAGAGUACACACUGGCGUGAAACCCUAUAAAUGUAAAGAAUGUGGGAAAGAUUUUAGUGGACGCACAGGUCUUAUUCAACAUCAGAGAAUCCACACAGGUGAAAAACCCUAUGAAUGUGAUGAGUGCGGGAGGCCUUUCCGAGUAAGUUCAGCCCUUAUUAGACAUCAAAGAAUUCAUACAGCAAAUAAGCUCUACUAAUAUAGUGAAGUAAUAAAAGUGCUUUAGACACUCAGGCCUAAUUAGUUAUCAGAGAAAUCUACCUUGGAGACCUUACGUAUCCUGAAUGUGGGCAAAGCUACAAUCACCGUUAAAAAUGUCUCCAGCACCAGAGAAUCUACCUGAAUAAAAUUUCCUUUUAUUUCUAAA